AUGGCUUUCAAAUCCGUCUUCAACGACACAGUAAGCAUGUUUAUUGAUGUACAAAACGUAGCCAGGUUACGCAAAGCGUUAAGAGGCGUGGCUCGCGAAACGGUUAGAGCAUUACUAUUUACAGUGUCAGAUCCAUAUGAAGUCAUAGAUACGUUAGAAGGGCGUUUCGGAAAGCCGGAAUUAUUAACACUUUCCGAAUUAGAAAAUAUGAAACGCAUGCCUUGCAUGACUGAAGACGGGCACAAUAUAGAUAGUUUCGCGAGCAAAAUAUCUAACACAGUAGCAGCAAUAAAAUCACUCAAUCAGCCGCAAUAUCUCUACUCCCCUGAGAUAGUAAGUAGGGUUGUAGAAAAGCUAAGUAUUAUUUUCAAAUAUAAAUGGUACGAAUUUAAAUCGAAGCGCACCGAAGCGCUGGAGUUAGAACUGCUAUCUAGAUUUUUAAAUAACAUGGGAUGA